AUGGCAGUGGACGAGACUGGUAGCAAGACCAACGAAGCUACAGAGGAUCAAUCCAAGGGGAGAAUCUGUGUUUCCAAGUUCUUGGGCCAAGAGCGCACGCACUUUCCCAGUCGCGUCCGCCACGGGAACCAAGGCACCAUGUCUAUAGUUCUGCCUGCAGGCCAUGGUGAGGUCGAACGCGACUACACCAUCAAGAUGUCCAAGUUCAAGGACCUCGGCGAAGCAGACCAGUUUGGAAGAGACGUCAAUUCGGUCUACAGCGACGGUCCCUGGAUUCGCCAGACGUGGUCGUCGCUGGCAUCGGAGGAUUUUAUGAAUUCGCUGGUCGACUGGGACGGCAUCAGAGAAGACGUCAAGCUGGUGCACGACUCGAUCAAUCCGACUGCCGAAGAGCUCGAAACUCUGCACUUUGACAGCAAGGCGGAGCGAGCCAGAUUCCAGCAAGAGCUGGACCGCAUCCUGUGGAUGCUGGAGUGA